AUGGCGGCGGUGACUGGUGGCGGCGGUCGGUUGUGGGGGCAGCGAGUGGCGGUGGUGGCGGCGACAAUGGGCGGCGGUGACGGGGGUGGCAGCGGUCGUCGGUGGUGGUUGGUGACGUCAGAGGUGACGCUGGGUGGCGGUGGUUGGUGGUGGCAACGACGGUGGGUGGUGGCGGUGACGGGACUAGAUCAGAAACAUUAUCAUUUUUCACCAUUAAAACCCUUCUUCCUCUUCUCUGUGUUUUCUCCGGCGAACAAGACCCACUUCACCUCACCCUAUUUCACCUCCGAUUACCCCAUCAUUAAUCACCGCCGGCGACCACCUCUCCACUGUCAAACCUCUGUUUCUUUUACAUAUAAAACUCUUAUAUAUGCUGCAAAAGCACUUUGUGCUGUAACGAGAUAUGCUCCCCCAGUACUGGCUGCCAAAAUAUCCAGCCCAAGUUUUGUAACAAGAUUAUUUCGUCACGCUUUGGAGGACUCACGGCCAAAAUCAGUUUUAGUCCAUUCAUUGUCUGUGUGCAUAUCUUUAUUGGAUCCCAAGAGACAGACCUCAGGGACGUAUUACAUUUACAGCCGGCAAUCGACACCUGGAUCUGUAGUCACAGCAAAACCCGAGACUGUGGAAGGCAUGUUGGAGAGCCUAGGGAGUUUGUUAAAGCUCUUGGAGGUUUCGGCAGAAGAAAGUGUUUUGUUUACAACAUAUGGAAGCUGCAGCCACCACUUGGAAAAAAUCGGAGGUGAAAUAGGAGGUUUGACAGUGGAGAGGUGGUCGCCGGCGGUGAUUAAUGAUGGGGUAAUCGGAGGUGAAAUAGGGUGAGGUGAAGUGGGUCUUGUUCAUCGGAGAAAACACAGAGAAGAGGAAGAAGCGUUUUAAUGGUGAAAGAUGAUAAUGUUUUUGAUCUAGUCCAUGUGGUUUGCCCUUUUUAAGGAAAGGGUAAAUUGGUCAUUUCACACACACUUAACAGAGAAAACAAAC